UUCUUAUCCUCUCUGCUCCUGUCGACCAUGCCCUAAUCUUCUCCUCUUUCCUCUCCUUCUCCCUGUCCCGCUUCACUGGCCAGACGUCGUGCUCACAGUCAUGGACGGUCUGAUGCCGUGCGCAUCGCUUUGUCUGUCGCAUAGAACCUCUCUUGGCCAGAAACGCCUCUCCACUGGCCAGUCCAUGCGCGAUGACCACUUGCCGUCCAGAGCAGAAGAGCCUGGAGCAUUCAACGAGUAA